CUUGGUAAAUGCUGCCUCUGCAUAACGUGCAGGUGCAAGCCCCAUGCUCCUUUCGCAGGUGACCUUUAUGUGACUUCCUGGAGUUCUCAGCCUGCCCUGGGAUCGCUCCCAGCCGAAGCCUCCUUUGGUCCGCUCCUUUGGUCAGCCUCUGUGGUGUGUAUAGGAGACUCCGAUUGUCUCUCCAGCCAUGAUAAGUUUAUCUCAGAAUGGUGGAUGAGCUUCAAGGAACGUGGAAAUCCAUUUCUUGUGAAAAUUUUGAAAAAUAUAUGAAAGAGCUGGGAAUAGGACGAGCCAGUAGGAAGCUGGGCUGUCUGGCAAAACCCACUGUGACUAUCAGUACAAAUGGAGAUGUAAUCACCAUAAAAACCAAGAGCAUCUUUAAAAAUAACGAAGUCUCCUUUAAACUUGGUGAAGAGUUUGAAGAAACCACACCAGGUGGCAAUAAAACCAAGAGUACCAUAAUCUUAGACAACGACUCCUUGGUUCAAGUUCAGGACUGGCAUGGCAAAGAAGCCACCAUCCGAAGAAAGCUGGUGGAUGGGAAGAUGGUAGUUGAGAGCUCUGUGAACAAUGUUAUCUGCACACGGACAUAUGAAAGAGUAUAAACAACCUCAGUCUCCAGGUCUCAGCACUGUCCAGCUGUGAUCCAAACUUCUGAGACUGCUGGAAUAAAACUCCAAAGUGAAAUACUAUGACUGUUAAUAAGAGAGAACCAUAUCAACAGUUUUGGUUGCUGUUAAUUAAGUGCACCUAUAUGAUAUAUUACUGUGACACUGGUAGUAAUGAGAAGCCAUGGGACAGAUCCACUCAGUGCAGGCUCAGGAGCUUACAUUCAGACAGACACUUCACACUGAUUUUUUUCUUCCCACGCACAUUGUGUUCAUUCUUCAUAUUUAACACUAUUUGAGAAAAUAAUAACAAUUUUAAUAAACUUCUUAAGAUAUAGUGCUCCUUACAGGUUGCACUUGAGUUGUACAUGAAAGAAACAGGUUUAGACUAAGAUGAUAACAGAGACUCUAAACGUAAUACCAAACUUAUUACGGAGAAUAGCAUACCCUCUGCCACUAUCACUGUAAGCCACCAUCAUGGGGAGUCUUCUGUUCAGUUUGCACCAAACUUCAUGCAGUGUUAGGCCAGGGAGGGAUUUUACAAACCGAGAGGAUUGAUCACUUUGUAUUACAAAUGGGAAACAGACCCUAAUCAGUUAACUGUAUACCUCAGUGUCAGUGAUCUAAGGAAGAACUGAAAUUCCUCAGUUACUAAUCUCAUAACUAUAACAAAGUGAAUUCAGGUUGGAACAGUCAGGAAGAACCAAGUUUACCAGGUAUGCCAAGGGCAACACCACAUAAAUUAAUGAAAGAAACAAGCCUCCUGUUGUCUCCCACAUGAGUGGCAGGAUGCCACAGCUUAGUCUAGUUAGGACAUGGCAUUUGGCUACUAGAACUUGUAAUUUCUCACUGCUUAUUUGCAUGAAUUGAUGUAUAAGGGAUCUUGGUAUGCCAGUAGAAGUAAAAAACAUGCUUGCUUAUUUAUUUAUUUUUGGUCUGCCAAAGUGAUGAAGAUAACAAUGAAAAAUAUAGAAGGUCAUUUGUCCCCCAAGCUGCCAAGGCAAGACAGAGAGGAUUCCAGGCAGAGGCUGAGAGAGUUGUUAUCCUGAAGCCCAGUGUGUGGUUCUGGACAUGAGCAGCUGUAAUACAGGACUCGCAGUAACAGCUUGCUACACACCAUCCCUAUCAGAAUUGAGCUCAGAUUUGCUUUCACACUCCCAAGGUCAGAGGCUCUGGGAGUUUCCGGAAAGCCCUUUAGCUGUGGUAUUCGGGUGAGUUACUUGCUGUGGUAAUGAAAAUACUCACAGGCAGCAGGGACCCAGUGUGAGAAACUUUUUAGUAAAGGAAUAAUUCUUGGAUUCUGUGGGAACACAGGAGGAACAUCCUGAUCAUUCUCAGGAAUACUGAGUGGGCAGAGGCUGGGAGUCUGGUGGACUUUAAAACGCUGCAAUUCUACAUGAGCAAGUGCAAGCAACAGUGAACAUCUGGAUAUUGGUUAUCAUGAUUUUAUUUGUCAAUAAUCUGGUAAGGUCUGGAGAGAUUUCAAAAUGCACAUAACAGCAACUAAAGACUUGAAGUAGAGCUGAACACUAUGCCUGCCUACCUUUCCAUUUCCUGUAUUAAGUUGAGAAUCGCUAAAAUAGAAAGUCAUUCACUGUGAUUAAUGGAACUGCAUAUGCAUGUACCUCAUCUAUGGCUGGGCAUCUGUCUAACAUUAAACAAGAUACACCCUUGCUCCAAAAUGACACUGUCAUUCAGGAUUUGCUGCACAUUCACUGUGUGCCAGUCCCUGCGUAAGAACUGGUGGGAGGAGAACCAUCCCAUGUUCAGUGCCCUUGAUGGCCUCUGUAGAGAAGUGCCGUGCUGGGAAAUGUGCUAUUCAGCUUUCUGUCACUAUUACAAACACCUGAGAUAAUUUUAAAGGAGAAAAGUUUAAUUUGGCUCACAGUUUUGGAAGUUCUAUCCGUGACUGUUUGUCCCCAUUGUUUUGGACCUAUAAUGAGGCAGCACAUCAUCAAGGAAGCACGUAGUAGAGCAAAACUGCUCACUUCAUGAGCAGGAAGCAACUCAGAGUGAAAAAAAGAGGCUGGGUUACACAGAGUGACAUAAGACCUCCCAUUUCACAUCUUAAAGCAUCUCUGUCUCCCAGUAGUGCUGCCCUGGGAGCCAAUCCUUUAACAGAUGGAACUUUGGGGGACAUUCAGGAGCCAAAUUAUAGCAAAAGGCAUCACAUGGUUAUGCCAAUGUCAAGGAAUUUAUAAGGAACAGAUUAUAAAGCCCAUUAUUUCACCUGCAGAGAAACAUCCUAUGCUACUUUCUUGGUGGAUAACGUCUAGCAAUAGGGUAGCAGAUUCAUCAACAAUGAAAGGGCAGAGAAGCACAGACUUACUUCUGCAUGCUCUUACUUGAUAAUUUAUCCCCUGUGUCACAGCCUUGGUACAGUUUGCAUUAUUAAGCUAAAGUUGGUAAUCAUUUCAGGAUAUUUACGGAAUAUGGAGUUAUUCCUAGUGAGGCUCAACCUAUUCUUAGUCCUGGAAAAGUUCUGAGUUUUUAAGAAAAUCAUAUUUGGUGGUUCAUAUUUACCAAACAUAUCCCUAGGAUAGAAAUUAAUAUCACUAAAGUGAAGGUAUUUCUGUUUAUUUAAACAAUAUUGAAUCUUUUCUAUUAGUCAAUGUUUGGGAGAAUAAUGUUCCACUUGAAUAAUUGAGUCAAUAAUAGACUGUAAUGAGAAAUGAAGUAACAAUAACAACUGUGUUAGUCAGAGUUCCAAUCCUAUAACAAAUACCUGAAAUAAUUCAGCUUAAUAAGAGGAAAGGUCUGUCUGUUAUCUAAUGGACAGUCUUGGGGAAGUCAUUUCCAGAUCGUUAGUAUCUCAACAAAUUGAACAGGACAUUCAGAAAUAAAGUAAGAUUUAUUAAAAUUAUAAGAAAUAAAAAUGCACUUCACAGAGUAGGAAUAAGCCAGUUAGAAGAGCUCACAGUCCAAACAGGUGCAGGCAUUGAGUCUAUAAAGAGUAUAAAACUAUGGGAGGAUCCACAUUUGGAGACUGACAGAAGUAAUGGCCCCGUGGGGUUCCUGACUUGGCCCGCCCAUCAGAAGAGGGAGUUUUUGACCACACAAAGAUUUUAGAGUAGGUGUUAUGACAUCCAGAGUCCAUGGAUGGCAAGUCAAAACCAGAGUGUAAAGGAGGCUGGACUCAUGCUAGGGUCAAGUGCUAUAGUCUUUCUUUUGCAUAUGUAUGUGAGGUUGUGGGGGAACAGAGUGACCUUUAUCUUUUGGGGCAUUGCUAUUGACAUUGUCUUCUUUGAUCUGAUUUCUCAAUUUUACUCAUGGCUUUCUGUUGUACACUUGUCCUUGCUCCUACCUCAGUUUGGCUCAUAGUUUCAGAGAUUCAGUCCAUGGUCAGUUGGUUGCUUUAGGGCCGAUGGUAGAGUAGUACAUUAUGGUGAGAAGUGCACCAUGAAGUGAAGGUGCUUAGCUCGUGGUGGCUAGAGAACAAAGAAGGAGAGAAAAAGGUGGGGCUGGAGUCUGAGUAUUCCCUACAAGAGCAUGCCUUAAGGAUCAAACCUCCUUCCAGUAGGCGCUACCUCUUGGUUUUCACUGUCUCUUAGUAUACUACAGACUGGUGACCAUGUCUUCAAUACAUGAACAUUUGGAGGUCAAUGAAGAUCCUAGAUACAGCACAGAAUUGUUUUUGUGUACUUACGAAACGACAGGCAUCGUGCUUAGUAUUUCCAUUCUAUAAUCCCAUUUUUUUGUGAAUUAUUUACAAAGGCAUAAACUAAGACUCAAAGAGAUUAGAUAUUUUGCUUAAAGUUCCUCAAAGCGAUCAAUACUAGAGUCAGAGUCCAAAACUAAGUCUUUGUGCCUUCAAAGUCUCUGUUCUUUAACCAGGAUGUCAGAACAUUUCUUCAGAAAUAAGGAUUAUAAUCCUAUAACCCUUAGAGUUUCUUUUGGAAUUCUGUGUCAUAGUAAAUAUGGCAAGUAAAUGCAUAGUCAAAAGUAUUAACUUGAAUUUAUGAAGCCUGAGAAAUGCACCUUCCUUAAACUCUCAAGCUCUGAACUGAUCAGAAGGAAUGCACUUUGAAACUGAAUAUUUAAGGAGAAAAGAAGCAACCUUGAUUAAUAUAAUACCAGUGUAAAAUAUUACCAGUGUGAAACAUCUUUUCCAGCAACUUGUCACUCAACCUACUAACAAAAAAAGAUUAAAAUCUAAAGAUAUAAGGCAAGAAGAGUUAGACUAAGAAAUGAUCUGAUGAAUUUUAUAGCAUUUAUAAAUGAGAAUUUAUGAAAUAAACUGAGAAUACUGUGUGUUAUAAAUUUAGCUCACCUUUAUAUUGACAGUGUAGAAAUGUCACAUAAACCAACAUUUAGCAAAGGUAAGAGUUUGAGAAUAGUAGAGUAAAAUUUUUCAUUUAACAGGUUAGAGAACGGAGGUUCUUUUGAAGAAGAAGGAGACAAUAUCUUGUUGGUAGUCAUCCCAGUUCUAUUUGGUGCUUGGUUUGAUUCCUAGAGAAUUACCAAUUAAGACUACCAAUUCUCAUGCAAAUGUAGACAUGGAGAGUUAGCAUUUUAUGACAUUGAUGGAUACAUACAUCUCAGUUUCCACCACCUACCCCCAUUCUUACUCUUCAAGGAUUGGGAAAAAGUUAUGUCCUCUCCUGCCUUCUAGGUAGGCUAUCAGAUGCAUCUUCUGGAUAAUGAAGUUGUCAGAAUGGAAGGUAUGCAUCAGUGAAGUAGGUUUGUACUAAGCUAUCCUGAAUGCACAGAUGAGGUCAAAAGAAACAUAGGAUUUGUUUCUAAUUAUAAAUUAAUCACAAGGUCUGGCUUUGCUUUGUGUCACAAAUAGAAUAUUAACCAAUAUAUAUGAAAUAGCUAAUUUCAGAUACUAGUAAAACAGUAAAUACAGGCUCAAGACGCCUUAGGAGAGGAAAACAUUUUAAAAGCACCCUGACUAUUGUCCCAGCCUUCUGUCUGGGCACUUUCCCAAUGAAAGUGCAGUGAGUGAGUCCCAAGAAGAGAUGAUGACCUCUCAGAAUUGAGGAAAGAUACAGGACAGUAGAGAUUUUAAGGCAAUUAGGAGAUGAGGGCAGGAUUCUGGAGAGAAAGUCUAAACAAAUAGAAUAUGAAACAAAUUCAAGGCAUUUUUUUAUCUAGACAGUAUCCUUAGCUGUGCAUGCAUAAAGUUAUACUAGAAUCAGAAAUAGAGAGUUCUGACUGAACAGUUUGCAGACCUCAAACAGAGCACAGAGUUGGUUAGGUUAAGACCACAGUAUAGGCUCUUGGGACUCAGCUCAGAUAUUCCAAAGAGUCCUCAGAAGGAUCAUUUCUUAAUGCUAAGACUAAAUCAACACUAAAUUUUAGGACUCGUUUAGACUUGUAAGUAAAAAGCUGAUCUGCGAGUGAUUUAAAUUUCUACCAGAACGAACAUCAGCAUCUAAAGAACGAACGACACACAUGAAAAUGCGAGCACUCAGUUACUUUCACCGUGUCCAUGAAUCCAAUCCAAAACUGUUAUGCAUGACCAGAAGCAGGAAAACAGGAUAUACAUUUGGAAAAAAUCUGCCCAUGGGUGCAAACCCAGUCACACGUCUAUAAUUCCAGAACUCUGGAAGACUGAGGCAGGAGGGUUAACAGAUUUAAGGCUACAGUGGGCAAAUCAACUUAGGGGGACCUCAUCUCAAAAUUUAAAGAAACAAAAAAAGGAAAGAGGUGGCUUGGAAUGCAAAGGCUUUGGGUUUAACCCCCAGAGCUACCAGAAGAAGUAGAAGAAGACAAUCUAGAAAUUAUAUAGAUGAUGGAAUCAAUAAAACAUAUAAAUAUGCUCAAAUGCUGAAGGAUUCAAGUGAACCUGAACAUGUGAGAUAAGGGGGAGUAAAACUAUAAAGUUUCUAGAAAAAUUCAAAUAUCUGACAUGAACAUUUGCUAGGUAGGAUUAAUAACAACUAGAAGCCAGUGAAUGAAAGACUGGGGAACUUGAAAACAUCACAGUGGAAUUUAUCCAGGCUAAAGCACAGACUGAAAUGAAAACUGAAAAAUGCUUUCGGCUAAAAAGAGGUCCCCUAUCCCAGGGGUUUACCCAGGUAAACCUCUUUCUGGAGGGAGGAGCAACCACAGCUCAUUGAAUGCUUGAUAUAAAGGUGGGAUCAGCCCAGGAUGAGGUGGAAGUUGUGAUCCCCAAAAGGGUACAUACUUGACAGUUGGGGGGGGGGCAUCCUGAGUGUGGGAGAGGGGAGGAUGUCACAACACCCACUACACCGUUCUUUUAGCAGCCUUCAGUUGGACUGCAAAAUGCUAUAAACCCUGAUAUAUGCAAACCCCCGUGAAAUUUAAAAAUUUUACAAUGACCUUUUUAUCUUUUACACAAGUCUUCCUUUAUUACAUUUAAACACUUAACUUAUAUAUAAUCAUACAUUAUUUUAAAGCAAAACUACUUUUCUUGAUAAACUCUAGGAAGGUAGAAAUUUUUGGUUUCAAUCCUCGGCUUUGGUUGAUUCUUGUAUUCCAUGUAUCCAGAACACUGCUAAGACAUGCUAAAUAAAUAACGAAUAAAUCAAUGAAUGACUCGGGCUCCGUUAAAAUGGUGCUUCCUACUGUCUUCCUCAAGGUGGAGCUACGGACAGUCACAAAACGGGUUACAAAGGAAAGGAAGUUCUUUUCCUAAUAUACCCUGUAACAUCUGAUCAAUUUUCUUUUAUUAUGUACAACUUCUAAGAAAAAAAAACCUUCUCAUGUAUUUGUCCCAUUAGUCUUUGAGUUCAUUUUCUUACUUGUAAGACUGUGAGAGAUGUUGGAUUUCUUACUUUUCCCUGUGAAUAUUUUUUGGGAGAUAUCACAGCUAAGGCUUACUAUUCCCUUAUUAUGUUAUUUAUUGCUUAUUUAUUUAUUUAUUUUUUUGGUGCUGGGGAUUGAACUCAUGACCUCGCGCUUACCAGGCAGGCGCUUACACUGCUGAGCUAAACCUCCAGCUCCUGUGUUAUUAUUUAUUGCAGAAAGAUUUAUCUGACAGACUUAGAUAUAUUCAAUGCUAAAUUUUGCAAUCAAUUAUUUGUUUAUCUUUGUGAUGUUUCACUGUACAGCUUUAGCACAAUUUAGUAAUCUAUUCAUUUACUCAUGUGCUUCUGAAUGUUGGACAAUUUUCUGUGAACAUUUGUGCAUAAGGAUGGAACAGCUGUAUCAUAAGGUGAAUAUUUGCUUAAUUUUAAAGAAAUAGACAAGCCAUUUUCCAAAGUGGAUUACUAUAUCCCCACCAGCAGUAUAUGAGAAUUUCAGUUUCUUCAAUCUUAGCUGACAGUACAGUCAGCCUUUUAAACUGUAGCUACUCUAAUGUGUGGAUGGUAGUGCUUUUCGGCAGCACACAUACUAACGUGUGAUAAUAAUCACGACUGAACUUUUCAAAUGAUUUUUUUAGGUUUAGAUCAGUUCUUUAUGUAUUCAUAAAAACCUGUAAGAUAUAGAUAUAAAGGCAAAAUUGUAUAAGUGAAAAAAAAUAAAUGGAAGGAGCAACUGGGCGUGGUGGCUCAUGCCUGUAAUCCCAGCACUCGGGAGCCUGAGGCAGGAGGAUCGUUGUGAGUUCGAGCCCAGCCUGGGCUACAAAGUGAGCUCAAGACCAGCCUAACUGCAUAGCGAGACCCUGUCUCAAAAAAGACAAAAAAAAAAAAAAAAAAAAAAAAAAAAAAAAUGGAAGGAGCAAAAUUACUGUUAGAUAUUCUCUAAAACAUUCACUCUAGAACUAAGAUUCACAUGUUUAAAAUGAACCUUGUGUAUAGGAAAGGUAGUCUAGGAGGAAAAAUUUGAAAGGUGGUGUGAAGGUUUUCUCAUACCUUUCUGCCUCUCUAAUAUCCUCCAGCUACACUAUUUUCAUUGGCUCUUCAAAAUGUUGCUAUCUUGAAGAGUUCUCUUUUAAAGCCAAGUGUUACUGGGAAAGGAACACACUAAUCUCAGUUAUUUCCUACCACUGGACAAGCUCAGGCCUCGCCAGCCAGGUGUUACAGGAAUGGAAUGCAGAGUCCACAGGGAGCAGAGGUAUCAGGAGCCUGGCUGGGGGUGGGGUUGGGGGAGGUGUGUGUACAGGUUACUGAUGCAGCUCUCUCCUGUCACCCCUCCUACAAAACAGGACUUCACAUUACUCAAAAAGAGCACACGGAUGUGCACUGCCCAUGUUGUGUCUGGAAAAACACAGGCCUACCACAGACACUAGGCUUUUUGAAUGUCCUGCAGAUGUAUACCAAGCAGGAGCCCGGAUAAUGUAUCUUUCCUAAAAAUGGGUAAAUAUCUUUGAUUCCUCAGAGGAUGUCUUUUCCAGAUUGCAACUAAAUUAUUUUGCUAUUUUCUAGUUGGCUCAUAUUUAAUCUCAAGAAUUACAGACAUUCAGAUUUAGGAAUUCUAAUAAAAUUUAGGAGAUAAAUAAAUGAAAGACUAAUAAGAAAUUGGAUAAUGUUACAAUCACCUGUAUUAAAUAAAAAUAGUCCAUUGAUCAGCAGAAUAAAAGCAGAUGUGAAUAAAGGAUAUUUAAAAACAACAGACUUCAUUUUUCUGAAAAGAGCCACCAGGUAGUGAUUCUGUGAUGACUCCUGAAAUGCGAUGAUCAUACAGAACCUCAGCUUGGAAGGAAUGUGUGGAGUUGACAAUGUUUCUCCUAGUUGCUGGAUCUCCCCAGGUUUCAUGCACAAGCCCGCACAUAGGCAUUGAUUUUUUUGUUUGUUUUCCUUUAGAAGCAAUUAUAGUUUUUGCUACUGGUACUCAAAAUUAAAUGUGGGGACUCUUGCUUUACACCUGGAUCAUCUUGAUCAAGUCACCAAAGAUUUCUAUACCUAAGUCUAAACAGCUGCAAAAAUGGGCUAACAAUUGUGCACACAUCAUAGGGUUGGGAGAUUAGAUUUUUUUACAGUACAUAAAGCACUUAGAACACUGCCUGGCAUAUAGUGAACUUCAUGUAAAUAUUAUUUAUGAUUACUAUUAAGGAGGUGGAGUGCUAAAAAUUUUACCUGUCUAAAGAAAUCACAAGAAAUACAAAGGAAUGGAUGGUUGAAUAGCUAAACUAUUUGAUAAUAUUUAACUAUUUCCUGUCUUUAAAUUAAUCUUAACCAUUAGUUUUGAGUCAGAAAAUUCUUUAAUAAUUUUCAGUUAUGUUUUAGUUUCUAACUAUGUUGGUCUUCAAUUGCCAUUAGCACCUAUACUGUGGUUCUCAGUGCAACCUUCUGCCCAUGUGCUGUGACCUUAGUGUUUCUCUUUGCUUGUGUCCUUAGCCCGCCAUACCGUUGGUUGUUACAGUUAAGUAGGAGCUUUGUGUUCCUCCUGACCUCUUUAUGCAAUCGAUUCCUGUGUUAAUUAAGACACAGUCAGAGCUCCUGCAAAGUGGAAAUAUUUAUAAGUCUUCUGUUAUUUGCAUUGGUGCUCCCCAACUCUAGAGCACCUGUUAAAAGUCAGAACCUCAGAAAUAAGAGUGGAUGAGAGCAUGAAUUGGGUUUUAAGAACCAGAAUUUUCAAAAGAGUCUGAAAUCCAGAUAGAUAUACAUAAAUGCAGGGUCGAAGUAAAUACUUUUAUUGAGAGUUAUGGGCUUCUUGUUGUCUUUCACAUUAACUUAGCAUUAGAAUAGGACUUGAGAAUUGACUAACUACUCUUAAUUUCUCCUAUGCACAGAAAAUGUUGGUUUUCCAAAUUCUCACAAUGUAAAGGGCAGAAAUAAAGUCUGAACCUCUGGAUUACCCAUACUCUUUAUAUCGUGUUUUUCCUUCCAUUAUAAUUUAGUUCUGAGGUCAAGUUCACUUUUUUUUUUUUUUGGUCUUUUUGAGAUAGGGUCUGUUAUGCAGUUCAAGCUGCCUUGAGAUCAUUUUGUAGCCCAGGCUGAUCUCAAACUUGCAAGGAUCCUCCUGUCUCAGCCUCCUGAGUGCUGGGAGUACAGGUGUACACCACCACAGCCAGUAACUUCAUUAUUCUUAACAUAAAAUAUUUUCAAAAAAUUUUACAAAUAUUAUUAUUAUUAUUUUUCCCUUUGAGGAGUAGGAAUAACCCUAUCAAAUAACAAGCUGAACCACUCAGAUAUACUGAUCUUGGGGGUGAGCUGAGCUAAAAUUCACAUGCUUGAAUUUCUUUCUUAAAUGAAUAAUUAUGUAUAAGAAAGCAACAUGAUUAUUGCAGUUAUCAUUAUGUUCAUCUUCAUCAUCAUCACCAAUUUUUAGCUUAGUAUUAAAGUCAUUGAUUAAUCCCAAUCCUUGAAAGUGUCACCAGGUUCCUAAGACCUGUGCGAAAUACAAUCGCUGGUUAAAUGUCACAAACACAUAACAGGAAGUACUUGAAUCAGAGAGCACAGGAAACAGUCUAGAGAUGUAAAUACACUUUUCAAGGUUAGGCUACUAAAAGUUAGCAGACAGGCUCUUGGCAUAUAGCUGUCUCAGUAGAGUGCUUCUCUAGCAUGUGAGAGGCCCUGGGAACAAUCUCCAGCACCACAAAUACACACAUAGAAGCAGGCACAUGCGCAUGCACAUAAGUUUGCAAAUGAUCUGAGACUUUGCACCAGUUAGAAGUAGGCCUAUAAGAGAAGGUUCAUAGACAAGAUACCAUCUCACAGUUCUCUGGAUUUGAAUUGCAACAUUACAUCCCAUGAAGGGAGUUUUGUCACUGGGUAAAAUAAAACAAGUCAGAGUUCAGAAUGGAAAAGAUCUAUUUUACUUCAAGCCAGUUAUGGUCUGUAUUUCAAGGAUACAGGCCUAACUUAUCCGUUAUUCACAGUGGCGUAAAUCACAUAACUCACAGUUCUUGGAAUGACCCAUGUAAUUCUUAGUUUUUAAAAAAAUUCGAUGAAAAAAAUGAGCUUUCAGGGUCAAAGAAUUUUUUGAUUUCUUUCUCACACCAGAACAAUAUAAAAUUUUAAGGCCCUGGGAAAUUUAAAUUUUGCCUAAAACAGUAAGCAUAUUUUAAGUACUUGUUAUUAUAUCAAAAAUAGCUUUUGCUACUGAUAUUACUAUGGUGGGAGGAACCUGUGAACACGAGGCAAGUCAGGUCCAAGAAAGGAUAAUGCUACCCCAUAACACCUCAUUAACUUUCAAUAUGUUUGCUGUUUUAUGUGUUCACCUAUCCCUAAUCUUUUGGUCCCAAUGCUUUUCGAAUGGUGAAUUUUAGUAAA